AUGAGCGGGGCCUACGCCUAUCGUCCGCAGCAUUCGGUGCAGGACUCGCUCAGCUCCGAACCUGGCAACUGGCCCGACACGCCCGGCUCGUCGCGACCGUCAGUUUCCCAGCCUAUCCGAGUCUCGAGUAGCCGAGGUACAGACGUGCUGACCUGUUGACCGAUCGUAGCAGACCAUCGGCGCAAUCGACGCCUGAUCAGACGUGCAAAGGCAGUCGGGUCCGCUUCAACCUGAGCCCAAUCCCGAACGGCCUUCGCACGAGCACGGAUGCCGCCACUGCAGCUGCUGCAGCUGCGGCGGGAGCAGGAGGCUCAUCACCGUCGUCGCUGUACUCGCGUAGGAGUAGGAUCAAGGGAGAGAAUCACAGCUCGAUUGACUGGAGCCACGAGUAUGCAAAGGAACGCAUACGCCAGCAGGCGCUGCAGCAAGUGCUCGGAGUCAGGUGAGUGAGCCAGCAGACCGGGAGCAGGAGCCCCACACGCCGGCCAGCCGGCCGUUCGCAAUCCCCAUUGCGCAAGGUCGACAACGCGCUGAAGGUGAUCAUCUGCCAUGUACAACAGAGGUAUCAUGACGCGCAUCUGGGACGCGACAAUACCAUGGAUCGUCGUCGUCGCCACCGGACUGGCCACCGGACUCGUCGCUUCGUGUCUCGACAUUCUCAGCGCUUGGUUGUCCGAUCUGCGCACCGGCAAAUGCUCCGACGCGUGGUGGUUGUCCGAAGCGGCUUGCUGUACUGGACUGGAUCGUAGGUCUCAUUUUCCUCGCUCGCUGUACCCGCGCUCCUGCUCACUUACUACACUCUUGCAGCGACCGACACUUGCAACUCUUGGCGGACAUGGGCACAGAUCGCAGGCGGCAACGAACCAGGACAGCGGGUCGUCUUGAAAGCAGUAACGCAGUACAGCGUCUACAUGGUCCUUGCAGUGAGAUGGUGACCGAAUGAGAUUAUGCGUGUGGCUUGGGGCCCUGAUCAGAACUUUUCGUUCCUCGGGGCGGCAAAAUCAGGUUGCCUUCGCGGUGGUGGCUUCGUUCUUUGUACAAGUGUACGCUCCCUACGCCUUUCACACCGGGAUACCCGAAAUCAAGGCAAUCCUUGGCGGCUACAUCCUCAAGGGCUUUCUGUCUCCAAUGGUCCUGCUUGUCAAGUCGCUCGGACUACCUCUCGCUGUGGCAUCCGGCUUGCAGCUCGGCAAAGUGAGUCCGAGCGUCCAAUCGAGCAACUGCAGGAACUGAUCUUCUGGGAUUAAUUGUCUCUGUUCCGGAAUAGGAAGGGCCGCUUGUGCAUGUCAGCUGUUCGAUCGGCGACCUGAUGCUAAGACCGUUUCGGAAACUGAGGCAGAAUGAGGGUUCGUCCGAUCUACCCUCUGCUUGGCCGGCGAUCAUAGCUGACCGCACCACUGUUCGGCAGCCCGGUCUCGUGAGAUAUUAUCAGCGGCAGCUGCUGCGGGUGUUUCUGUGGCUUUCGGAGCACCGUUGGGAGGCGUACUAUUUUCCUUGGGUGCGUGACGAUGAAUUACGGCGGUCCGCUACCUCCCUGUUCGUGGCUGAUGGAUUCUUGACUUCCGUUGCCGAGCACAGAAGAGAUUUCGACCUUCUUCCCCGGCUCUACUCUUUGGCAGUCCUUUGUCUGCGCAGUCGUCGCCGCAAUCACCCUCCAAUACAUUGAUCCUUUCAACACCGGCAAGCUUGUGCUCUUUCAAGUCACCUCGUCGCAAGUGUGGAGAGGUUUCGAGCUUAUCCCUUGGUUGGGGCUUGGCGUAUUCGGAGGUUUAUGGGGUGCUUGGCUCAUUCGAUUGAACGAGGAGUGGGAGCGGAUGCGGCGAGCAUCGGGGCUGUACAAGUGGCCCGUCUCAGAAGUCGCCGUUCUCGCCCUCUUCACCGCUAUCGUCAGCUACUUGCUCAUCUUUAUGCGUAUCCCCAACGCCGAACUUGUCGUCAACCUUUUUCAAGAUUGUAGUGGACCCGACAACUAUGGUCUCUGCGAGUGAGUUGACCGAACAAUGGCUUCAAAAUGCUCUUGUCGUACUGACACAAAGUGUUGCUGGACGUUCGCAGCAUCUCCAACACCCCCUCGCUCGUGUUCCUCCUACUCGUCACUGCCUUCUCCAAAACGGUUCUUACGGCCGUCACCUUUGGCGCCUCUUUGCCGGCCGGGAUCUUCAUGCCGUCGCUGACCAUAGGCGCUUGCGUCGGUCGUGCCGUCGGUUUGAUCAUGGCUUCGAUUCAACGUGCGAAUGCGGGCACGUGGCUCUUCUCCAGCUGCCCGCCUGAUGGACCUUGUAUCUCGCCUCCGGUGUACGCCGUCAUCGGCGCGGCGAGUGCGCUUGGCGGAGUGACGAGGAUGACUAUCAGCUUGGUGCGCACAGCAGUUGAAAAAGGUUCAAGAAUGAAACCCGCAGAACUGAUAUGCCGUUUCGGUGGUCUGCUCUUGCAGGUUGUUAUCCUUUUCGAGUUGACGGGUGCGAUCGAGCUCGUUCUUCAGGUCAUGUUGGCCGUCAUGGUGGCCAAGUUCACAGGCGACUUCUUCUCCAAAGAUGGGAUCUAUGAGAGUCAGUCCCGCAACUCUCUCUCACCCGUCUUCGAAUCAUCUCAGCAGAAUCUUCUGGCUUAACGAGAGCUCUCCGUGCAGCUUGGAUCAUCCUUCGCAAUUACCCCUUCUUGAACAACAAGGUCGAAUACCGGCAGGAUACGAUCACGGCACGGGAUGUUAUGACCCAGAUUAAGAACAUCGUCUACGUCAGCGACGAAGGGUGGACCAUCGAUCAAUUGGGUAAGUCACCCCACAGAAGAAUCGCCGUUCAACUCCAAUCCAUGUCCAGACUAACAGAUCUGUUCGGACACCCCAAUCGCAGAAUCGAUGCUAGCCACCGAGGGUUAUCGAGGAUUCCCUAUCGUCCGAACCCUUCGGGAUCGCAUCGUGAUCGGGCACAUCACCCGACUCGAACUCAUCUCCGCUCUUGAACAAAUCGCCCUCGAACCAACUAUCAAGGGGACGACGAAGUGUUACUUUUUGAGGAAACCCAAUACGGAAGGAAGGCAGGUUGGACCGAAUGCACCUUUUGAGGAGGAGGGUGCGAGGAAAGUGAGAAGAGAAGGGGUGGAGGAGAAUGAGGAUGAAGCGUGUUGGAUCAGUUUAGCUGCUUGGGUCGACGAGGUCAGUUUCGGUUGUGUUGCUUUCGGAGGAGAAGGUGCGGAGGAUUACACGUGCUGAGUCCUGAGUGCUGAUUUCGUUUCGCUUUUGGCAAAUCCUCGCACACGGCGCACAGAUCCCGAUCAUGAUGAAUCAGGAUACGCCGAUGGAAGUGGUUGUGCAGAUGUUCGGCCGAUUGGGUCUGCGAUGUGUGCUUCUCACAAAGCAGGGGGGCUUGCGAGGGAUCCUUACCAAGAUGGUACGUCGAGGCAACUUGUUUUCAGGCACUCAUCGAUCCUAGACUGACAAAUUACUUCGGCUCGGCGUCGCGCAGGAUCUUCAUGCCCACAUGCACCCCUUCUCCGACGCGCCAGAUCGAUCAGCGACGUGGAAGACCGCCGUCACAGCACGAGCAAGACCGACCCAGAACGCAUCCGAAGAAGCCUACCAAGAUGCUCGGGAUCUACGGCGUGACGUGGAGGAAGACGAUGCACGGAAAGCCGCUCUAUAA